CAACCACACCUGCAAAAACUGAAAGUCCUCAAAUGGAAGCAAUUGAAGCAUUAACUCAACAAAUGCAGAAACUUUCACUUAACUAUGCAAAUUUAUCUAGUGCUUUAUUAGCUCAAACUCAACCCAUUCAACCACAACCUGUUAGAAGAAUCCAACCUGCGAGAUAUACUCAACCAAAUAAUUUAACCCAAACUUUCAGACCUAAUAGACCCAGAACUGAUAUAAGAGAUAUCGAAUGCUACAGAUGUGGAGAAAAAGGACAUUACGCUAGAGAUUGUAUGUCAGAAAGAAAUGCAAGAAGACCUCAAAGAAGAGAUGCUAAUUAUUUGGAAACAUAUGAAGAAACUUAUGAUUCUUAUGAUAAUUAUUAUAAAGAUGAAUAUUAUCAAGAUUAUUACGAUAACAAUUAUGAGGAGGCUGAAGCCUAUGUCACUACUCGUUCUAGAUCUCAACCAACCACUAACUAUAGGCCAAAACCUAAACAACCAAGAGCUGUAGAAAAUAUUAUUUCAUCUGAAUCACAACAAGAACAGAGAUUGAGAA